GCUCGUGAAAAGGUUUAUCGAUGGCUUGUCAGCUCUAUUGCGUAGAGCAUUUGCUAUUUUUGGGAAAUAUUUGCAAAAUAUGAGAUAAACAGAAAACAAACAGAAAAACUGUGAAUUUAAUAUGCCUUUUUCGGAUAGAGAAAAGAGCGGUGUUAUUGAUUUACUACAAAACGAAGAGCAAAAUGUUCCUGUUUUAUUGCAGUUGGCUAGGACGGUGACAAAAAACGUCGUUGAGGUUGAUUCCACGGCGGAUGCUUUGGAAUACAUAUUUACACAUACGGAUGAUUGUUUGACACUUCUGAACAGAAAAGCCAUUACCAAGGAGAUAUUAUUUAAGUAUUUACACAGCAAACAAAUACCUUUUCAAAAAGAUUUCACAAAAACGAAUCUAGCAAAACGGGUUGUCGAAUACUGGAACAGUGAAUGUCCGAUUGAAGAUGAAAAACGUUAUCAAAACGGUUUGGCCAAUGAGUGCUUGCAGUCAACAGAGCUAGCAUGUGUUUCACACAAUACACACUCGAGUACAUCUCUAUCCCAGGAAUCGGAAUUCCCCAUAAACCUGCUUGCAAGAAAAUUUUCCGAAUGGUUUUUCAACAACUACAACCAAAAUUUGUUAAAACCUCAAGAUUUUUGGCCAGACGCUAGACUUAUGCUACAAAUAACUGCUAGUGAUGGAUGCGAAGAGCAUAGCUGUGAUAAUGCCAAUUCACUUUUGGAUACCCUAUACGAAACCCGCAAAUUAUUUCAUUUUUUCUUUAAUCCAAAUCUAACGCACUCGGGUGUUCAAGGACGUAUGGAUAUACAUGGUCUGGUUUUGGUCCUGGCAUGUGGUACAUUACACACACAGAUGGAUUGUGUUGGCAUAUUUGAAUGUAGUUUUGGUUUAAUGCGUGAUCCAUUUUCUGAAAACAAUUGGAAGACAAAAACCAUACAGUUGAUGUUAAGAAGUAAAGGAGCGCCCAGUAACCCCUCAUUACAAGAGAGUGAUACAUUGAAGGAGGCUUUAACGUUACCAGUUUCACAAGAAGAUCUGAGUUAGUUUAAGACAAAGAAAUACUUUCAUUGUACAUAUUUACAUCUUGUUUUGUAUUCAAUUUGAUAUUUCAUUGAUAACUGAUGAUUAGACGGGUCUAGUUGUAACUAUUAUAUAGAAAUUAUAAUUGAAAAAAAUUUUAACUAUCCAUAUAGUUAAUUUUUGUGUUAAUGAAGCAGUAAUACACAUCACACCAGCAUGGUCCUUAAAUACAAAUUCAGCUUAAAUAUUUUGAAGGCUCAGUAUAAAAUAUGAAUUUUGACAUUUUUUUUAAUUAUUUGAAUGUUUGCUUGACCCAAGGCAUAUAAUUUUAAGAGCAAUCUUUAUUAAAAAAUUUUAUUUUCCAUAAAAAAGAGUGAAUUAUUUAGCUUUUUGAAAAAUAGUUAUUUUAAGAUAAAAUCCUAAGUUGAAUAAAAUGGAAAAAUCAUGUGUGCCACAAAUUUAAAA